AUGUCAGCAGCCAUGGAAAGAACCAUUAAAAGGCCUCUAGAAGAAGGUGAAAGAAUGACUGCUUGGCUAAUCACUGAUGCAAAGGCAAAGGCAGAUAUAAUCCUCUCUAUCAGCCCAAGCGAAUUAAAGCAAGUGAAAGGAUAUGAAUUUGAAAACUUUAGAAUUGCUAUUGAAACUAGAGAUGCACUGCCUUCUCCUGAAACUUUGAAAAUAAAAAUUGUAGAAGAGUGGGAAGCGAGAAAAGAACAUGGUAAGAAAGAGAGUAGUGAAGCUCUGCUAGGAAAAUUUCAGAAUAAAAGAAGAUUAACAUAUAGCGGAACGCCUCAACAAAACGGAGUGGCUGAACGGAUGAAUCGUACAUUAAACGACAUGGCAAGAUGUUUGCUCAUUGAAGCAAAUCUUCCUCAAACGUUUUGGGCAGAGGCAGUUGCAACAGCAGCUCAUACAGUUUACUCCAAAGACAUGAAAAGGUCGAAGAAAAUCAAAGAAGUGUUCAAGUUGAUCAACCAAAAGAAGAACGCUGUGGGUGUUGGAAUCCUUAACACUAGCACAUAUCACUUGUUUAAUCUCAAGUUUGCAGUCAAAGAGCUUGAGCGCAAUUCUAAACGGUGUGAGAAAGAAGAGAAGGCUGAAAAAGCCAAGACAAAAAAAGCUAUACAGAAGGGUAACAUGGAGGUAGCCCGAAUCCAUGCUGAAAACGCCAUCAGGCAGAAGAACCAGUCCGUUAACUAUCUGCGAAUGAGCGCAAGAGUAGACGCUGUGGCCAGCAGAGUACAAACUGCACUUACAACUAGAAAGGUGACACAAUCAAUGGCUGGAGUGGUGAAGGCCAUGGAUGCUGCUAUGAAGUCGAUGAAUCUUGAGAAAAUAUCUGGACUGAUGGACAAGUUUGAGAAUCAGUUUGAGGACUUGGACGUCCAAAGUUCCUACAUGGAGAACACCAUGAGCCAAACAGUUACCACCUCCGUGCCUCAGAACGACGUCGACUCUCUCAUGCAAGAGGUGGCUGAUGAAGCUGGUCUGGAUUUGAACCUAGAACUGCCUCAGGCUGGAAGUGUUGGGACGUCAACCCAAGUGUCACAGGAACAAGACGAACUUACACAACGUCUUGCAAGACUACGACAGGCAGAAUAGUCUCGAGACUAACCGAGAAUGUCAAUAUGAAUAAUCUAAUCCACAAGUAUGUCUUGAGGUUAUUGUGUUGUUAUUUGCUCCAUAAAAUGAAAGUUAAAUUUUCCUAAUUGGGGUAAGGUUCCAUCACCACUUUUUUAGUUUUAUGUACCAGCUGUGAGUUGUUGGCUGUCGUUUCAAAUUUAUGGUGAGGUGGAGGGGAUGGGAUCGCUUCCCCUCGAUUUUAUUUAGUUUUUUUUUUUAACAGAGUAUUGUAAAGGUGAUCUACACAAAAUUGGAGAAUAAAUUUAUUUUUUUAUUUAAAGCCUAUGUAUUAUGUCAAAAAAUCAAGUUUUAAUUUGUUGUAUUCUAAUUUAUAAUUUGAAAGCAUGUAUUAGAACUGAUUUUUGAACAUUGAAAGUUUUUUAUCUUGUGAAAAUCGAUUACCUUUCUAGUAAUGAAUGGACCUAUUAAUGUGAUAAAUAUUUUUGUUAUUUUUCCAUAUACUUCCAACGUUAAGUUAAUGUUACAACGCUUUAGUUGUUACCUUUAUUACACUUUUCCUGAAAAUUAUGCCUUAAACAUUGGUUAGUUACAAUGCUAAGUCAUCUAAAGCCACUGUGUCUGUUUAAUCUAUUAUUGUACAAAAUGUGAAUGCUAAACCUGUAAAUUAUACAUUUUUAUAUUAA